CUAAAACAUGGGAAAUGCCUGUUGCUCUGAAGUUGAUAUGGAAAAAGAAAUCAACACUCGCCAAAUUAAGAAUAAGCCUAAAGCUAAGAAAGGACAGAGUCUCAGGACCGUCCAGGUUUCUGAGAGUAAUGAAGGUGAGGAAAUAGCGGAGGAGAAGAAUAGUUCCGGUUUAGACAGUAGUUCUGAAGAAAAAUCUAACGCUUACACCCACAGGUCUGAUGAGUCAUCAUCUUCGUCUGUAGAAGAGCUGGAAUUUGAAGAAUCCUCUGAAGAGCUCGAUGUUGAAGACAUUGCACUAGAUUUCCUCGAUGAUGAAGAUUGUGAACAUACUCAAGAGACUAUUGAUGAAAUUCGGGAAAAAAUGGAGGAAUUCUCAGAGUACCCCAGGAAGCGAUAUCCCAAAGAAAAGGCUGUGUACAAAGGUGAGCUACAACAAAACCACAUCAGAGAGGGCGAAGGAAUUCAAGUCUGGGACAACGGUACCGUCUACAUCGGAGAGUGGAAAUAAAGAUAAGAUUAAUGGUGAAGGAACCAUCUAUCAUUCUAAUGGGGAUAUCUACUCAGGCGAGUUUGUAAACUCCCUCGCUGAUGGUGAAGGCAGGUUCGAAACUCAAGGCAAUGAUGAAAUAGAGGGUCAUGUAUUUGAAGGAGAAUGGAAAAGAGACAAAUAAAAGCAAAGGCAUAGAGCAUAUGGACAAUGGAUGCAUUUAUGAAGGCGAAUACAGAGAUGGCUUUCGACAUGGACAAGGCACUUAUACUUAUGAAGAUGGCUCUGUGUAUACAGGCGGAUGGGUUAAGAAUUGUAUGCAUGGAAAAGGAACGUAUGAGUUUUCUUCUGGAAAAGUCUAUAAAGGGCAAUUCUAUCAAAAUAAAAUGCAAGGACAGGGACAUCUAACUCUUCCAAAUGGGGAAUCAUAUGAAGGUGAGUUCAAAAACAAUUUAAAAGAUGGAAAAGGAAAAUACACUUUCCAAGAUGGGGCUUCUUAUUACGGAGAGUUUAAAAAUAAUAAACAACAUGGAAAAGGAACGAUUACAACCGCAUCUGGCAAAAAGAAGUUAGGCCAGUGGGAGAACGGUAAGAGAAAACACUAA